UAAUCAUCUAUGUGCUUGUCAUUGAAAAAAUGCAGAGCCAGAGGGUUAGAGUGAGAGGAGCGGCGACAGGGGAGGCCAACGGCACCAGACAGUGGCAGAGGCUCAAGCAGUGGAUUUCGGGGGUAGAUCAAAAGCUUUUAGGACAGAUAAAGACUUUCUUCUUCUACAAUUUCCUAGAAAAUUGGGUACAAAAUGACAACCAGAUGGUGAGGAGACUUAAUGACAUCUGGUUUGGAUCAUUCAAGCUGCGAGUGAAAAUAGCAGAGGAGCGAAGCAAUGGGAGAGUAAAGGAGGCAGAUACAGGAGGUAGAAAACAGUACAGAGUAGACAGGAUGGUACAACCAGGACAAACUUAUGCCCAGGCAGUGAAAGGGAAAGAACAGAAGCCUCAACAUAUGCUGAUUUGUGGAAGAAAGAUGGAAAGGGAAAAAAGGGACAACACUCAUCGGAAAAAGACUCCAAGUCAGGCAAGACAACAAAAAUGGAAGGAGGAAGUGGCAUCCUGUGACACAAUGAAUAACAAAAAACGGAUGGUGGAGAAGUCGGGUUUGGAAAUACAGGAGGAAAUUAUGGAAUUUAUACCAGAGCAGAGUGAACUCCAAUGGCUUGAAGGGGGCAUGGUAGCUAUUGUCAAAUCUCUAACAAUGAUCAAUGAAAUUCAACAGAGAAUUGACGUAGAUGGCGGCCUGAUCACUCUAGCACCAUUAGGGGGCAGAAGAGUGCUAUUAACUGAAAAGGAACCGGGUUUCUUAUUGGAAUUUAUGAAGCUCAAUCAAGAAGUAUUAGCUUUGUGGUUUGAAGACAUCCAAUCAUGGGAUAAGGAAGUACAGGAACGAAGUAGAAUGGUUUGGCUACGUAUCUCUGGUAUUCCUUUGAAAGCAUGGAGUGAUAGAUGCUUUAAGAUGAUCGGAGAAUCAGUCGGAGAGGUGAUCAAGAUCCAUGAAGAUACAAAGAUGAAGUCAAUUCUAUGUGAUGGGAGAAUGUUAGUUAUAUGCUCUGUUGAUCAUAAGAUAUCUAAAAGAUUUACACUGAAGAUGGAAGAAAAGUUGUAUGAGAUACGAGUUGAUGAAGAAGAAUGGCGAUCCGACCCAGAUUGGUGGUUGUCAGAUGAUGAGCGGCGGGAUGAGUCACUAACGGAGUCGGACCAGUCCUUGGAACAGUCCUCAGAGCAUUCUUUAGAGCAGAUAGAUGAGGAGGAUCAGGAUUGGAUAAACUUCGAAAUCUGCGAUGAAGAAGACGUUAGCAUUGAUGAGGAGCAUUUAAUGAUGGAUGGACAGGGGAAUUCAAAUUCAAAGUUCAAAAAAACAGAGGAAAAAAGGGAGAGUCGGCAAACAGAAGAAGGAAAUGAUGGGAGAGAGGAUGUGUGUAGUGGGCCGACCAAAGAUAUUGGGCCGAAGAUAACAAAAGAAAUUGGGCUAGGAGAAAUUGGACUGAAAGAUGCAAUUGGCCAGGGAAGGGACUUGAGCCACGGACAUACGACGGGAAUUAAAAAGAAAGGGCCCAAUGAGACAAAUGAAGAGGGGAUUUUUCCAAAACCAGAUCUGGAUCUGAGGGUAUUAGGAAACAAACGAAGAAGAAAGCUGGAGGAAUGUUACCCAAAGAACUUGGCGAAAAGCAGGACAAAGAAGAUGCAGGAGACAAAUGCAAGAGCAACCCAACGACACAAAGGGAGAGCGGAAUCUUCAACGGGGUUGGCGAACAAUGUAAAUCUAGUCAGUAGUUGUUCAAUUUCUGAUGGAUGCAUUGCAAAUAGAAACAGAGAGCUUAGAAGAGAGAUGAUUUUACAUGAGGUGAGGAAGAUGUUAAGCAUAGGGAAGAGAUUGGGAUUUCAAACCCAAGAAAAUGAAGGGGAAAUCCAGUCUCGAUUAGUGGAGUUACAAGAAAGGGAGGAAGCAGGGGAACGACAGGGGAAGCGGAGGAAAGAGAUAGGAAAUUUGGUGCAAAGGGAACGACCAGAUUUUCUAUUCCUACAAAAGACUAAGCUAGAAAGGAUGGAUGAUGAAUUGAGUAGAAUAGUGUGGAACUCGAGAGAGUGUGGUUGGGUAAUGAAGGAAUCGAUAGGAGCAUCAGGAGGCUUGAUGUGUUUUUGGAAUAAAAAGAAUUUUGCUAAGACGAGAGAUUACACAGGGGAUGGCUAUCUAAGAAUAACAGGGGAGUGGGGAAUACAUAAGGCGAAGUGUAACCUAGUGAACGUAUAUGGUCCAAAUGAUAGACAGAAACGACUCAAGCUAUGGGAUGAGUUAAGGAAUAUGAUCACAGAAGAGGGGGGGCGAUGGUUGAUUACGGGUGACUUUAAUGCUGUAAGAUGUCUUGAGGAAAGAAGGGGAAGAUCAGGGGAGAGCCCAGAUAUGAGGGAGUUUGAUGUGUUUAUCCUAUCAGCAGGCCUAAUAGAUAUCAAAAUGGUAAAUAGACGAUUCACAUGGUACAAGCCAGAUGGUACAGCCAUGAGUAGACUGGAUAGAGUGUUGAUGAAUGCAGAGAUGUGUAGAAUGGGGGGAGAUUGGGUGCAACAGGGCUUGAAACGGAACAUCUCGGAUCAUUGUGCAAUUGUGCUAAAAUCAAGAACAACUGACUGGGGACCAAAGCCAUUCCGAGUUUUGGAUGCAUGGCUACUCCAUCCAGAUUUUAAGAAGAUAAUCAAGGAGAAAUGGAAAUCAAUGGAGAGACAAGAAGGUUUUCAGAAAAUGUGGGACAUAAUGAGGAAGAGAGAAGUGAUAUGGAAACAGAAGUCAAGAAGCAAUUGGGUACGUGUGGGAGAUGCAAACACGCGAUUCUUUCAUAGAGUUGCAAAUGGGAGAAAGGCCCAAAAUCAGAUCACAAGCCUAAUGUGUGAUGGAAGUUGGGUGGAAGAACCAACACAGAGGAAAAUCAAUGGCUUGAACGACCAUUCUCCACCAAAGAAGUUGAGGAAGCGUUACGAAGUUGUGAAGGCUCGAAAGCUCUGGGCCCAGACGGCAAAGGUGUUGGCUAAUAGACUUAAAUCUGUGCUCCCGGGGAUUAUUAGUGAAAAUCAAUCUGCUUUUUUGGGAGGGCGUCAGUUAGUUGAUGGGGUUUUGGUGUUGAAUGAAGUGGUUGAGGAAGUAAAGAGAAAGAAACAGCAGGCUUUUGUUUUUAAAGCGGAUUUUGCGAAGGCAUAUGACUGUUUAAUGGCAGCCCCUCAGAGGAGUUCAAGGUCGAAAAAGGAUUACGACAAGGUGAUCCGUUAUCUCCGCUUUUAUCUUGAUGAUUGGAGAGGGGUUAAAUGGAUUGGUGCAAAAAGCAGUGAUAGAGGGGCUGUUCCGAGUAAGAGCAGCAUUUAUAGAUACAAUGUGCUAGUAAGAUGGGUAGAAGGAUCAGCCGGCAUGCUACGUUGUGGUGUUGGGAAAUCUCCUUUCAUUUAUUUGGGAAUGCCCGUUGAUGGAAAUACUGGGAGAAAGAAGGUAUGGGAGCCACUGAUUAACAAAUUCCGAGCCAAACUCGUUGUCUGGAAAGCUGCUUCACUAUCCUUUGGUGGCCGCCUCACUCUGCUCAACUCGGUACUCUCUGCUUUACCUAUUUUCUAUAUGUCACUGUUUUUAAUUCCAAAUUCUGUGCUUGUUGAAUUGAUUAGUAUUCAGAGAACCUUUUUAUGGGGAGGGGUUGAGUCACAAAAAAAGAUCUCUUGGGUGAAAUGGGAUUAUGUAUGUUGUAGUAAGCAAAAAGGGGGAUUGGGGGUGUCAGACUUACGUAGGAAAAAUUGGGCUCUUUUAGGAAAGUGGUGGUUUAGGUUCGGGGAUGGCGUAGAGAGCUUAUGGAAAAGGAUUGUUAAGGAGAAAUAUUAUGGGGGCAAGUGGGAGGAGGUGGACAUUACAGCAUUCGGGAACAGGAGGAUGUCUAAAUUAUGGAGGGAUAUUAUUAAUAUAGGGGGGAGAUCCAUGAAACUAAGUAAUAUAUUGGUGGAGGGGUUUAAGUGGGAAGUAGGGGAAGGGAAUCGAGUGAGCUUUUGGAGUAACCCAUGGGUAGGGAACAAAACUUUAAGGGUUGAAUAUCCAAGAUUGUACGAAUUAUCUACGAACAAGGAGUGUAAGAUUAGUGAUAUAGGGGUAUGGGAGGGAGACAAAUGGUGUUGGAAAAUGGAAUGGAGGAGAGAGAGAAUAGGGAGAGAAAAGGACGAGGAGGAGAAGCUAAGGGAAGGAUUGGAGAGGAUACAAUUAAAGAAGAGCGUGCAAGAUUGUUGGAGGUGGAUACAUGAUUCGGAGGGUAGAUACGGGGUGAAGAAUGCUUACGACUUUUUAGCCCCAACAGAAUGUGUUCUUGACGAGCAUUGGAGUAAGUUAAUUUGGUGUAAAUUAGUUCCAUCUAAAGUGUCUUUCUUUGGGUGGAGAUUAUGCCUUGAUAGGCUUCCAACUAAGUGGAAUAUUAGAAAGCGAGGGGUACCUCUGCAGGAAGAGGAAUUAAAAUGUGUUUUGUGUAAGGACAAGGUGGAGGAAAUUAAUCACUUGUUUAAUAUGUGCAAGGAAGUAUGGAUAUUUUGGGUAGAGGUGAUGCAAUGGUGGGGCAUGGUGACUGUUAUGCCUAAUAACGUGUUAAGUGUGGCAGACAUUUUUGUAAAUGAUUUGGGUAGGUUAAUAGGGAAGGAGAUGGGUGCUUGUAUCUUCCUUGUGGCUGCAUGGUAUUUAUGGUAUUGGAGAAACGGUGAGGUGUUUCAAAAUGGAAAUAACAUUAGAGGAAGAUUAAUGGAUAUGGUCCAAGCCAAAUCAUUUUUCUGGAUUAAGACUAAGAUUCAUGGGUGUGUCUUUUCAUUUCAUGAAUGGAAGGUAAAACCAGUUGAAUGUGAUCUAUCAGUGAGAAAAUAUAAACAAAUGCAGAAAUUGUUCCAUAAACAGCAGAAAGGAAUGGGUAAAGCCUAAGUCUGGAGAGAUACAUGGUCUUUCCCCUCAUUGAGAGACAACAGUGAGAAUAGUGGGCAUAUGCAUGAUGAAGUUGUUACCCUGAUUAUGUAUAGGGCUUUUUGAGAUGCUAUUUGAUUUGCAGCUUGUUGUGGAUGCUUUUAUUUUUGUCAUUCUAUCAGGCUAGUAGAUGUUCCUUUUUUGUAAUGGGCAGGAGUACCCCUUGUGCUCCAAUAUUAAUAAAUUCUUUUUGCUGAU